AUGGCGGACAAGCAGUACAGGCAGGACUUACUCCGUGUCGUAAGGAGUUGGUAUCGCCGACUGGAGGAACGUCGUCAUGAAAGACUACGGUGCUGCAAAGUAUCUGUGAAGUGCAACAAGCGAGGGCAUAAGAAGGCUCAAUGCCCCAUGCUGAAAAAUAACACUGGCCGGCUGGCGCUGUCGACAACCCCGCUGUCUGCAUUGGGAAUACACAAAUCUGGAACCGAUGACACCAAAGCCGAACCUGUCGUGGUCCCAGCUGAACCAGCGAUAUAA